AUGGCCAGAAGGGCGUUAGUAAUAAAGGACGUUGGUAAUGAAGCUCUUGCCGGAGCACCGAAUUGGAAAAGAGUAGCUGAUCAGUACUAUGAUGCACUCAUAGAGCAGCCAUUUCUCGUAUUCGCUGGCUUCAUUAAACAAAGCCAUAUUGGAAUAGUCUCUGGUCUAGAACGAUGUGAUACAACUAGAGAAAUGGUAGUCAGGGAAUGA